AUGCGGCGUGGCCAGGCACCACGGGCACCCGCUGGCUUCUUAUGCCUGCGGGGGACACGGGUUGGCAGCGGCAGCCGGGGCGGGGUGUCCAGCCGGGCGCUGUGCCCGCACCGCAGAGCUGCUCGCGGGGACUGGACCCGCCGCCCACGUGGGAGCCGCUGGAAAGCCGCCCUCGGGAGAGGAAAACACCGCCUGCUUUACUUGUUUUCUGAAGACGAUGAUGAUCUGGAAUUAUAUGUCCUGAUAGGAUGGGAAGGAGCAGCAGGAUCAGAUGUGAACACCAGAAACCUUGACCCUCUUCUGCCUCUGCUAAUGAGCAGCUCCAAGAGAUUCCUGAUACUUGUCCAGGCUCAUAUCCUUUGCAAAGGCUGCUCUCCUGGCCUGGAUCAUCCCUAACCCAGCCUGUCACAGUCCAGGAGGUCUGGGUAUGAGUAUGGGGCUGUGGGCUGUGCUUUCAGUACUGCCCAAAGAGCUGCUUCUGUUAUUCUAAAAUUCACAUUCUGAUCUUUGAACAGGAGGGUGCAA